AUGGAUAACACCGCCCAGGCCUCCACAAACUACCGCGAAGCAUUCCAGCUCUUCGACAAGCGCGGAAACGGCCGCGUCGACCGCUCCGCCCUCGGCGACUUGCUGCGCGCAUGCGGCCAGAACCCAACGCUCGCUGAGAUCACCGACCUCGAGCGCGGCGUAGGCGCAGACUUCGAUUUCGAGACCUUCAGCAAGAUCCUCAACCGGCCCGGCGGGUUCCGCGAGCCCUUCGACAUCGAGGAGUACAUCCGCGGCUUCCAGGUGUUUGACAAGGACCGCUCGGGCUUCGUCGGCAAGGGCCAGAUCAAGUACAUCCUGACGAAUCUGGGCGAGAAGAUGAGCGAGGAGGAGGUGGAUGAGCUGUUCAAGAGCACGAUUGAUGCGAGCAAUAAUGAGGUGGAUUACAGGGAGUUUGUCAAGACGAUUGCGGAGAACUAGAGGGGAGCGGAUUUUCUUUCGAUUCACACUCUUCGCAUCAUAUCACGACUCGGCAUGCAUACAUGAUAUGAGUCUCUUCGGGUUUUGGGGGCAUGCUGGGUAUAUCGGCGUUGGAAAUGGUCAUGGGCCUGUCGUGUUUCGCAGGCAGAAAGGGGUGAUGUGCAUAUAGUCACUAAGCACAAUCGCAGACAUCAACUUCACACACGUAAA